AGCUUACAAGUGGCUGAUUUCAGUUCAAAUCCAAUUCCUCGAUUGCCUGCAGGAUUUUCACAACUAAAAAAUUUAACCGUUUUAGGUUUAAAUGAUAUGUCAUUAACAACACUACCACAGGAUUUUGGAAGCUUAACACAACUGGAGUCUCUGGAAUUACGUGAAAAUCUGCUAAAACACUUACCUGAAUCCAUAAAUCAUUUAACAAAACUGAAGCGACUUGAUUUAGGUGAUAAUGAAAUCGAAGAGCUGCCGCCAUAUUUAGGAUAUUUACCUGGUUUACAUGAACUAUGGUUGGAUCAUAAUCAGUUACAAAGACUUCCACCAGAAAUUGGUUUACUAACUAAUCUAACUUAUCUCGAUGUUUCUGAAAAUAGACUUGAUCAAUUACCAGAGGAAAUUGGUGGACUUGUAAAUUUAACGGAUUUGGAUUUGGCACAAAAUCUCUUAGAAACACUACCAGAUGGCAUAUCAAAAUUAAGUCGUUUAACGAUUUUAAAAUUGGAUCAAAAUCGUCUACAAAGAUUGAAUGACACAAUAGGAGCUUGUGAUAGCAUGCAGGAACUUAUUCUUACUGAGAAUUUGCUUUCUGAACUACCAGCGUCUAUAGGGCGUAUGACCAAGUUGAGCAAUCUUAAUGUCGAUCGUAAUGCACUCGAAUAUCUGCCAAUAGAAAUCGGCAAUUGUGCUAAUUUGGGAGUGUUAAGUUUGCGUGAUAAUAAGUUAAAAAAAUUGCCGCCAGAACUGGGAAAUUGUAGUGUUCUACAUGUUUUAGAUGUUUCCGGAAAUCAGUUACAAUAUUUACCCUAUUCGUUGGUGAACUUACAACUCAAAGCUGUUUGGCUGUCGGAGAAUCAAGCACAACCCUUGCUAACAUUUCAACCUGACACGGAUGAGGCAACAGGCGAACAGGUUUUAACUUGCUUUUUACUGCCACAACAAGAAUAUCAACCAAUAACUCCUGAUUAUCCACCGGGUCAGCUUUACAGAUCGAGUGAGAAAUUCGAUUCGACGGACUUCCACAUUUACCAACAACAAGCACGCGAGCAGGAAUCCGGCGACUCUGAAGGCUGGGAAGAGCGUGAAGCCACAAGAACACAUUCCGUUAAGUUUUCUGAAGAUUCAACACACGAGAAGGACACACCAUUUGUGCGCCAAAACACACCACAUCCCAAGGAAUUGAAGGCAAAAGCACACAAGUUGUUCGCGAAAGAACGUAGCCGUAAUGAUGAGGGGCCCAAUUUGGAUACUCUCUCCGAAGAGCAAAGUUCCGUAGUCACACCUGUUAGUGGUAAGAUGGACCUUAAUUCUACUACAACAGACUUUAUAGCAGCAGAGGCAAAAACCGCUUAUGAAAAUCACCAACAACCAAUUUCACCUCAAACACAAACAGCACCAACACAACCCACCACCACUCAACAACAAAACAAUACUAAUGCUAAACGUGAACCGAUUGCUGUUGUAGCGCCAACUGCAGCAGUAACGAACGAUGAAGAAGACGAUAAUGAUGAUUAUGAAUCAGAACGACGAGUGGGAUUCCAAGUUGAUGGUGAAGAAGAUGAUUUUUAUAAAAGACCGAUGAAGUUACACAGACGCGAUACGCCACAUCAUUUGAAAAACAAACGUGUCACGCACAAUCUCACCGAUAAGAAAGCCAGUGAGAUUAUUGCGAAUGCACUGAUUCAGGAAAAGAAAUUGCAGCAGCUGCCGCCGGUGCAGUCACCGAUACAAGAAAACGUUGAUGCUGAACAAAGUGAACAACAAAGCGCAAAUCAUCCAUUCGAUGCAUCUCUUUCACCAAUUCCACCAGCUUCACCACCAAGCACCGCACCAGAGGCUGCCCUACAAGAAGAUGCGCCUGAUGGUGUAACGGAGCUACGUCUGGAGCAGUUUGAAAUUCAUAUUGAGCGCACAUCUGCUGGCCUUGGCUUGAGUAUUGCUGGUGGCAAAGGUUCGACUCCGUUUAAAGGUGAUGACGAAGGCAUUUUUAUAUCACGUGUAACUGAAGGAGGCCCUGCGGAUUUGGCUGGCUUGAAAGUGGGGGAUAAAGUACUAAAAGUCAAUGGCAUAUCUGUUGUCGAUGCGGAUCAUUAUCAGGCUGUUCAAGUGCUUAAGGCAUGCGGUGCGGUUUUGGUGCUAGUGGUACAACGUGAAGUGACAAGGUUAAUAGGUCACCCCGUAUUCAGUGAAGAUGGUUCACUUUCACAGAUAUCUGUGGAAACACGUCCAUUGACAGCACAAUUGCAACAGCAAAUACCAGCAUUAAUACAGGAACAACAUACACAGCAUGAGAAAUUUAUACCACCGCCAAUUCAAAUCCUACCAGAACAUCAGCAGCAACAGCAACAGCAGCAGCAGCAACAACAACAACAAAUGCAAAAUCCUGCAAAUUUGCACAAUUAUCACGCAAAUGUAUUUACCACACCAUCAGUCGCCGCAGUGCCAACAACACCAACAACUUAUCUCCAACAACAGCAGCAACAACCGCAACAUGUUGGCAACAUAACAACAAAUGGUAUUUUGGAAAAUGGAAAGGAUAUUCCUUUAAGUUACAUUCAACUGCACACAACUCUGAUACGCGAUCAAAUCGGUCAGGGGUUGGGUUUCAGCAUUGCUGGUGGUAAAGGUUCGCCGCCGUUUAAGGAUGGUAGUGAUGGUAUUUUCAUUUCUCGUAUAACUGAAGGUGGCUUAGCUUAUCGCGAUGGUAAAAUAAUGGUCGGUGACCGUGUAAUGGCUAUUAAUGGAAUUGACAUGACAAAUGCAUAUCAUGAUGCAGCUGUGCAAUGUCUAACUGAACCACAGCGAUUUGUGCGCUUGGUGUUGCAACGCGAAUACCGAGGUUCUUUCGAACCACCACACAGUCCGCGCAGUCCAGCAGUAUUAAAUUCAUUAAGCCCAUCAGGAUAUCUCGCAAACAGACCAGCUAACUUUAAGCGUUCCACUGGUGAUAUGGUUUUGGAACAAAAACAACAAAUACAUCAGGAACCACAGCUACAACAGCUACAACAGCAACAACAACAAUAUAAAUACAUUACACAACCCAUCGCAUAUGAUACAAACAAAAAUAUAUCGACUACAACUACUACAACAACAAUGGCUCCGAUAUCAGGAGGUAACAACAUUGUUGGCGUUGUUCCAGCUACUAAAACGAAUGGUUUUGCUACAACAACUACAACAAGUGGAAGUGCAUAUCAACAACCUCAAAUGCAACAGCAACAGCAACAGCAGCAGCAACAGCAACAUCAGCAAAAUCAGCAACAUUACCAACAACAGCAGCAGCAGCAGCAACCAAUCGAUAAAAUGACAGGGCAGCCAAUUCCAGCACCUAGACGCACUAAUUCUGUGCCAUCAGGUGAUGGUGUUGCUGAAUCCACUUCAGCGCAAACAAAUAGUAAUUCACCAACAUCAAAUGUGCCAUCUCAACCGCCGGAAUCCUCAGAGGCUCAGCCACCUCCACUUCGACCAUUGACGAGCGAAGAUUUCCAAGCAAUGAUACCAGCACAUUUCCUUAGCGGUGGCAGCCAGCAUCAAGUGCAUGUAGCGCGUCCAAAUGAAGUCGGUGUUGGUCCAUCCGUCACUGUGACGGUUAAUAAGGCUGUACCCGAUUUACCUAUGUUCCCAGCUGCUCCCACCGAAUUGGGUCGCGUAACUGAAACCAUUACCAAAUCAACCUUCACAGAAACAGUGAUGACACGCAUUACCGACAACAAUUUAGCGGAACCACUAAUAAGUGAGGAAGUUGUAUUACCUAAAAAUCAAGGAUCUUUAGGAUUCAGCAUAAUUGGGGGCACAGAUCAUUCUUGUGUGCCAUUCGGAGCACGUGAACCUGGAAUAUUUAUAUCACAUGUUGUUCCAGGUGGUAUAGCUUCUCUAAGUAAGAAAUUGCGCAUGGGUGAUCGUAUACUCAAAGUGAAUGAUGUUGAUGUCUCUCGUGCUACUCAUCAGGACGCCGUCCUGGAACUACUGAAGCCUGGCGAUGAAAUCAAGUUGACCAUUCAACACGAUCCCUUACCAGCAGGAUUUCAGGAAAUUAUCAUCUGCAAAACUGAUGGUGAACGUUUGGGUAUGCACAUUAAAGGCGGACUUAAUGGCCAACGCGGCAAUCCAGUUGAUCCCACGGAUGAGGGUGUAUUUGUGUCUAAAAUUAAUUCCGUUGGAGCAGCAAGACGAGAUGGAAGGCUUAAGGUUGGCAUGCGACUACUUGAAGUUAAUGGUAAUUCACUUUUGGGCGCAGCACAUCAGGAUGCAGUCAAUAUUCUACGCAACGCUGGCAAUGAGAUAUAUUUGGUUGUUUGUAAGGGUUACGACAAAUCCAAUUUAAUUCAUUCCAUUGGGACUGGUGGUGGCAUGAGCACUGGCUACAGUUCCACAAGCAGUCGACACGGAUCACGUGCUUCUGAAACUGGUUCGGAAUUAAGUCAAAGUCAAAGUGUCUCUAGUUUGGAUCAUGAAGAGGAUGAACGUUUGAGACAAGAUUUUGAUGUAUUCUCUCAAAAAAGUGAAAUAUCAAACGAUCCAUCUCCGUUGGCCGCUGCUGCAGCUUUGGUACAUUCACCUCCAGCACAAACACAAGCUGAUAACUUGAAUUCACAGCAAACAGAAAGUUCGACUGGAGGUAUUCCUCAAGUACUGCCAGACUCCAUUGUUGCAUUAGUGAACUCGGAUCAAUCAGUGGCAGCACAAACAAAAGAAAAGAGCACCCCUGAAAAGGUGUUAGAAAUUGUUCGUGCUGCUGAUGCAUUUACCACAGUUCCACCAAAAUCACCAUCUGAGCAUCAUGACCAAGAUAAAAUUCAAAAGACUACAACAGUUGUUAUAUCGAAGCACACACUAGAUACUAAUCCACCUAUUCAACAACAACAACAACAACAGCAGCAGCAGCAGCAGCAACAACAACAACCAACAUCACACGCAGCCACACCACCAGCUGCAACAGCUACAGUGCCGCCUAUAUCUCCAACUGUGACUACAAAACCUACAGAGUCGUCCCUUUCAAAGAGUUCUAAAGUUACUACAAAUGAAAAACAACCGGAAAUGCCACAACAGCAAAAUGAACAGAAUCGAAAAGAUGAUCCACGCUUUGAAUAUAAAAAAAUGGUGCAAAAUCAACGUAUAUUGAAAGAUGCCGCUCUUGAAGAUUUAAAACAAAAGGCCACAAAAGCUGAAGCUGUAUAUAUAAUUGAUGAUGACGAUGACGAUGACGACGACGAUGACGAUGAUGAUGACGAUGUAGACAAUAAUAUUGAUAAUAACGAUGAUGUAGAUGCUUAUGAGAAUCAAUCUGAGCAAGAAUCGAACAUACUAACAUCUAAUACACCAGAUCAAAUAGAUACUGACUCCGAUUUCUAUGAGAAAGCACGUUCUAUGCCACGUUAUACAAGUGAUUCUGAAAGUGAUUAUAAAACGUACAGACCUAGUUAUGGUAAGCAAUGCAGUUCACCUGACUUAUCUUCAACAUCCUAUGGGGGUCAUCGAAAAUCUGUUAGCUUUGAUUUAAGCGGUGAUGAAAGAUCAAAAUCAGAUUACGAAAGUUCACGUACACCAGAAAGUUAUAAUCGGUUUUAUGACUCAGAACAAGAAUACAAUACCGCUCGUACUCGCUAUCCGCGUAAGGGUAUUUUGAGAUCUUCGAGUCCGUCCUCUUCUAAUAAUUCAACAUUAGAAAGAUCGAACCGUCCAAUGAAACCAACAACUAUUACUCCCACAGUAGCUCGAAUAAAAGAAAUUGAUUCGCCCGUACUUCAACAUGCAAUGCGUUCACCAUCACCAAAUAUUUCAAAUAAAGGUUAUAGAAGUCCGCCACCACCACCCGAAAAAGUGUUAGUAUCUACUGAAAUUGAAAGAGAUAAUCCCUUCCGUGAAGCUUAUUUAGACAAGAGUAAAACUGAUGAAUAUACUGAAAUAGCAAAAGCAAUAUCAAAAUCGCCAGUUGCCUUAAAGUCACCACGUGAGCAGUUUUUCUUUGGUUCGGGUUCAAAAUCAAAUGAAGAUCUUUUGUCAAACAAUCGUUCGAUAAAUAAUACCCGUUCUUCUCCUACAAUGUUUUCUAAUGCUCAAUCAAUGUCUACUGGAAAUCUAGUUGCAAGUUCAACCGGUACUAAACCUAAAAUCCCACCACCAUUAUUACCGAAACCAAAACUAAAAAAAGCUGAAAUUGUUCAUAAUUAUGCAUUGGAAACAUUUCAAAAUACCGACGUUGGACAUGGUGAUUUCGCUGUAUUUGAGCACGAUAUUACAACAAACACAAUACAAGAGGUUCACAGACCGCAAACUCCAGUCACGCAACCAGCUUCUCAAACAAAUAAAUUACCUAUGAGAGUUUCUACACCGCGUAGUCCUUUACGUCCACGUGAAAGUCCGCCACCACCUCCAAUUAAUUUUUCGACAAUGCCAAAGAAAACUUCUCCUUCAAGCACAGCGGAUGAACCUCACUAUCUUGAAGUAUUGCCACCAUUAGCUCCUGAAAUUCCACCAGCUCAAAAACGUCCGCAUGAAUUUAUACAUGAGAACUCUCCAAAUAAUAUACUGGUUUCUGAAGAAGAACAUCGCAUCAUACUUUUGAAGGAAAAUGAUCUACGUAAUCAAUUACGUAGCAAAACAUUGGUUCCAGAAUUAGGUGUACCCAACGAAAAUGCUCCAGCAGUGCCGGCGUAUGCAGGCAUCAAUAAAUCGAAGCGAUUGGAUUUUUCAUCAGUAACACCAACGUUUUCACUUAUAAGCCAUCCGUCACCAUCACAAAUUUUUCCCACAGCUCAAAUACUUCCUGUACAAUACACAAACUUACCACAGCCACAACAACCUAACACUACACAUGUCCUCACAGGACAAAUCCUAUCAACUAGUACAAAUACUUUUAAUACAACUACCCAACAACCCCUCCUUAGUAUAGGUGGUUAUGUGUUACUGCCACAAACACAGUUUUCUUCCUCCACAUCACAAUCACCAUCGCUUGCUUCAACGCCAGUGUUUUUCACCGGCAGUAGUCCUACAUCAACUGCAUUCUAUGUACAGCAACAACAAGCGCCACAGCCGAAUCCAGUACAGUCCACACAAAUGCAAUUAAAUCAACGUGCUUUGGUGAGUGAACCCAAUGGGCUACAACAACAUCCUGAUAUUCCCGCAACACCAAAUACACCUACUAUCAAUAUAAAUCAAACUCCGAAGGUGGUUUUACCUUCCGCUAACAUAAUGACAAGCUACAGUACAACAACAACUGUUCCAAAAGCUACUACAACUGUUACGCCAUCAACACCAAUUACUCCAUCUUACAUAUCAAUGCAAUUUCCUGCAAUAUCUGAAAUAAUUGCAGAAAACUCUAGUGAACCCAUUUCGACUUCUUCACUUUUGAAAAUUAGUAGUAACAAUUAUCAAAACACUUCACAAUCAUUAGGUGUCUCUACUUCCACCAUUGGCACAUCCUCCAGUUUCUCAAUUGACUCAUCCACCUCAUCACUGCAGCGUACCUUUAAUGCAUCCUCAUACUAUGAGACUGCUGAAGAAAUAUAUUCCACAAUAGAAGAAGAGGCUAUCUACAGUAACACUUCAUUUUUCGAUUCUCGACGUAGCAGUGACACUUCCUUAUCUUGUCGUGCCUCAACUUCUCCACCACCACCACCUUUGCCUCCCAAAAGACCAGUUAAACCAAACAAAUUACGCACGGCACCACCACCACCUUUAGGAGUUCGUAACAUGAAAUUGCAUUCACAGUCACAACCACAAUUAGAUCUUUCGUCACCAUCACUGAAAAAACAAUCUGUAGCACACUUUGUAAAUCUACCUUCCUCCCCACCUACCGGAAAGGAAACAACUGUAUGAUUGCAUUUCCCAUCCAAUAUUCCAAACUGCUCAGCUUAAGUGUUUAGUGUGCUACGUUGCGGCUUACGCUGAGCAGUGACGAAGCUAACUAAUCGCUGAAGUUGUUAUCACUUUCGUCAUUUAAAUGUCCAAAGUAAUUGUUGUGCCAUUUGUGGCUUCACUUUUCGUUGGUUUUCUUUAUUACAUCAACUUUCCAACUUUCCAACUUCCUCUGGUCGAGAUAUAUUUCCAUUAAACAUUUAUUUAUUUAUUUAUUUAUUUGUAUUGCUUAUUUGCAAGCAAAGUGGUGGGCUUAGAAAAGUUUUUAAUUGCUUUUAGGUAAUCCGAAAUAGGUCAAAAUUCGUAAUAAAAUAAAAAUGGGUUAACAGUAUUAACAGGCAGAGUACCAGAAAAGUUUCGUUUUAAUUAAGAUGCUAAUUUUUGAGGCAAGGAUUAUUUUGUGUCCUUGUCGACGACCUGCUUAAUAUCAUUGUAUAAAUUUAAAUUGGCUUCUGAAAUUUUUUGAUUGAAAAACAAUACUGGAUACUGACUGAAUAUGGUUUCGCAACGACGGCGCUACUGAGAGAGGCAGUACUAACAAAACUUAGAGGGAAAAAAUAAAAUGAGAAAACUGUGAAAAAGUUCAUAAAGUUUUUCUUUAUCACGUAAGCCACGUAACUGCUUCAUAGCACAUAUUAAUUAAAAUCUAACACUUUGUCAUCAAUUUAACACCUCGGUUACCCUGGGUAACAGUAUUAACGCAUACUCAUGUACCAAAUCUAAUCCAUAUCUAUUUCCAUUGCAUGACGGUACCUUUUAAAUUUUACAGCAAAAAGUAUGCGGGGCAAAGUCGUCAUGACCAUUGCCGUGCCGUUGCAAUAAUGUUAAUUAAAAUCAAAUUCAAAUGCUGUUGGAUGUGGAUAACUAAAUAAAUCCUUGUUCCUCCUUGUGUACUUUCUGUUUUAUUCAAAAUUAGUAGGAAACAUAAUUUAUGAAAUAAAGUGCACACUUCGCUGUUUUAUUGAAGUUUUCCCCUUAAGAGUGCGAAGUAGUUCCGUACCAAGUGAGUUACACUUCGUUGAUAUGGCAACAUAAGAUGAUGGGUCGGGGGUUUCUUCUUUCUUCUUUUUUGGUUUUUUGGAGAAAAAUUACAAAUUUAUGCUUAUUAAAAAUUUAGUAACCCAAUCGCUGCGGAUUGAAUUUUGUUUGCACUUUACUUUUACAAUUGUAAUUAGUUUUGAACUAUUCCUUAAAUUUUAUUACCCUCGUCCCCUUGCCCUUUGUUCUUUAAAUGUUUGAUACCAAACUUCUUUAAUUUUAAUAGUGUUUGUAUAAAUGUAGUUAGUACUUUGGAAAUAUACAUAUUUUUUUUAUAGAAAUAGUCUAGAAAUUAUUACCCUUUCGGAAUAUUUGACUUUAAU